AUGCAAGCUGUGGUAGUUGAGUGGUUGCGGCCUGGUGGUGACGGGCAGUCUGUGCGUACGGAGUAUGUGAGGUUGAAGGCUCUGAGCCCGGAUGGGAUGCGGUUUGUGCUUGCGCGUUGUGAGGGCGGCUUGCGUUACGUGGCGGUCGUGGAGUUGGUCGCGCCGGGUUUGCGGCCGGAGGAGGUCGUUGAUGUUUGGAAGGCCGACAGCGCGGAAGAUGUUUUGUUUGCAACGUUCUGGGACCUGGAUAGGAUGAUGUUGCAGUGCGUGAGGGAGCUAAUUAGUGAUCCGGAAUAUUUUACGCCGUUGUGGAAUCUUUUUCAGGGAGCGUGUGGGGCGUGGCAGCUCUUUGGAGAUGCCCUACUUGCGGAUGAACAAUCGGGUAUAGGCGGUUGA